AUGCGCGAGAUCGUCCAUCUUCAAACCGGCCAGUGCGGAAACCAAAUUGGUGCUGCCUUCUGGCAAACCAUUUCUGGCGAGCACGGUCUUGAUAGCAAUGGCGUUUACAACGGUACUUCAGAGCUCCAGCUCGAGCGUAUGAGCGUCUACUUCAAUGAGGCUUCCGGCAACAAGUACGUUCCUCGCGCCGUCCUCGUAGAUCUUGAGCCUGGUACCAUGGACGCCGUCCGUGCCGGCCCCUUCGGUCAGCUCUUCCGUCCCGACAACUUCGUUUUCGGUCAGUCCGGUGCUGGCAACAACUGGGCCAAGGGUCAUUACACUGAGGGUGCCGAGCUUGUCGACCAGGUCCUCGACGUCGUCCGUCGCGAGGCGGAAGGCUGCGACUGCCUUCAGGGUUUCCAGAUCACUCACUCUCUUGGUGGUGGUACCGGUGCCGGUAUGGGUACUCUCUUGAUCUCCAAGAUUCGCGAGGAGUUCCCCGACAGGAUGAUGGCCACUUUCUCCGUCGUCCCCUCCCCCAAGGUCUCCGACACCGUCGUCGAGCCCUACAACGCCACUCUCUCCGUCCAUCAGCUCGUUGAGAACUCCGAUGAGACCUUCUGCAUUGACAACGAGGCUCUCUACGAUAUUUGCAUGCGCACCCUCAAGCUGUCUCACCCCUCGUACGGUGAUCUCAACCACUUGAUCUCUGUCGUCAUGUCUGGUGUUACUACCUGUCUUCGCUUCCCUGGUCAGCUCAACUCUGACCUGCGAAAGAUCGCCGUCAACAUGGUUCCUUUCCCUCGUCUGCACUUCUUCAUGGUUGGCUUCGCCCUCUUACUAGCCCAGAUGUUCGACCCCAAGAACAUGAUGGCUGCCUCUGACUUCCGUAACGGCCGAUACCUCACCUGCUGUGCCAUCUUCCGUGGUAAGCUCGCCAUGAAGGAGGUCGAGGACCAGAUGCGCAGCGUCCAGAGCAAGAACUCUUCGUACUUCGUUGAGUGGAUCCCCAACAACGUGCAGACCGCCCUCUGCUCCAUUCCUCCUCGUGGCCUCAAGAUGUCGUCUACCUUCCUCGGAAACUCGACGGCGAUCCAGGAGCUCUUCAAGCGUAUCGGCGAGCAGUUCACCCUCAUGUUCCGUCGCAAGGCUUUCUUGCAUUGGUACACUGGUGAGGGUAUGGACGAGAUGGAGUUCACUGAGGCCGAGUCCAACAUGAACGAUCUCGUCUCCGAGUACCAGCAAUACCAGGAUGCUGGUAUUGAUGAGGAGGAGGAGGAGUACGAGGAGGAGGUUCCCUUGAGGAGGAGUAAUUGA